AAUAAUGUUCUAUAAUAAGUAAAAUAAUGCAUAUAUUUUUUAGAAGAUUAUAUUCAACAAAUUAUACUAAGGAUCGUAAACCUCAGAUAAUACAAUCGGAUCUUGAUGGAAAUAACGCUCGAAUCAUUCAGAAUAAUUUAUCUAUUAUAUGUCCCUCUUCACCCUCCUUACUCGAUAUGUCAAAUCUUGUUGACAUGAAAAUUAAUGACAUGAAUUCUAAGAAUACGCUAAUUUAUUGGCUAUGGUAUGAUGUCUUGAUUGUGACAGACAUUAACGUUUCUAUGUGCAAUUUGAUUUUACAAAACGAAAAAUCAACUAUUCUCAAAUAAUAUAUUUCAAAUCUUUAGCGAUUGACAAGACAAACAUUUACAUUUUAUUUAACAAUCAUUAUAUAUAUAUCUUAAAAAAAGUAUGCACUUCUCGAGAGCAUAGACGCAUUCAAAUACAUCCAAAAGAAUUAUCUUUUAAUGUCUUUCCACAGUAAUAGUCAUUUUUACGCUUUCGGUAAAUCUUUGCAAUCGUAUCCUCCGACGAGAUGUUUGAUACCUGACAAAAGAAUUUACAACGUAGAAAAACCGACGUACACAGUAACGACGAACAGCAUCAUCGUAAAUCUUCCGGAGCCGGUCCUUAAGAAUGGAUGCAAAAAGCACAACUUACCUACCACUCUAUAUACCAUCUACAUAAACUAUUGUUUGAACAAUAAACUUAACAAGUUCGAUAAUUUCACCAUGCAACCGUACAAGCGAUAUUGCGAGAUUCAGAAUUUAAUGCCGCUUACAGAAUACAAGUUAUUGCUAGUAAUAAGCAAUUUUUACACUGAUCAGUUAUCGAUGGACCCGUUAUUCCGUUCGGAAGUGAUACUAAGAACUAAACCGAGCAAACUCGACGCACCGGAAAAUGUGACAGUUCAGGCUCUUACGCCUACUAUAGCGGCAGUUUAUUGGAUGCCAUCCAAAAAUCUAAACUGCGUUCCCGUGAUCUACGAAGUAUACUGGGCGUUCAUUAUCAAUAGUACGCGACAAAUAAACGAGUUACCUAUCAAUAAGACCGAACAUAAGGUAGGCAGCAAAUUUUUCACGAUAAUCGAACCGUUGAUACCAGGACAGAAAUAUAGGGUAUUCGUACGUAUAUAUCCAGCCAACUUCAGCGAUCAUUAUAAUGACAGUUUGAGCAAAACCUUGUACAUGUAUUCGGAACCAAACAAUAUAACUUUAAGCGAGGUUAGCAUAAACGGUAUGAAUAUCUCGUGGAUUCCUAGCGUUAAUAUGGUUCAUUACUUAUUGGAAUAUAAAAAUGUUGAGAUGCAAGAGUGGCAAAUUAAAAACAACUUUGAACCAAAUAAUGGGGGAAAAGUAAUGUACUAUAUAAAAAACUUACUACCAGGAACUAUAUACGAGUUUCGUUUGAUAUUGAAAUACCCCAAGUACGAGAAAGAUUUUAUAUGGCCGUCUGAUAAAAGAUUUACUUUUUCAACACUGACAAUGUACCGACAACGCAAAGAAAGUAACGAGCAAAUUUUGCCUCCUGUAAUGACCGACAUCGAAUUAGCGAUUCUACAUGAGAUACCUAACGGUAACGUUCAAUUCAAUACGUUAUACAGUCCUAUGUUGCAAUAUAAUUCGGAUGAAUAUGUACUGACCAAAAUCAAACGUGAUGAAAUCAGAUUAGAAAAACUUUUAGGCAGCGGCCAAUUCGGGAAGGUGUUUCGAAGAACAAUAAAGAAUUUAGAAAGACUGGGCAUAGAGAUACCCGCUGCUAUAAAAAUGCUUCGAAAAGAUGCUUCCUCGCAAGAGAAAGAGAAGUUUUUAGAAGAGGCCAGGCUUAUGAAUCACUUCCGACACAAACAUGUGCUAAGAUUGCUUGCCGUCUGCUUAGACAAAGAUUCUCCAUUAAUCGUGUUGGAAUUAAUGGAAGUUGGUGAUUUAUUACAAUAUUUGAAAGAUAGUCGAAAAUUGCAACCGUCAGAUUCGCACGCUCUGCAUCUGCAAGAUUUGUUCACUAUGUGCGAAGAUAUCGCGCGAGGCUGUUGCUACCUGGAAAAUCUGCGUUUCGUUCAUAGAGAUCUCGCGUGUCGAAAUUGUUUAGUAUCCGCGAGAGAUCGCGAGAAACGUGUCAUUAAAAUCGGCGAUUUUGGACUAGCUAGAGAUGUUUACAAAGAUGACUAUUAUCGCGUGAAAGGACAAGGUCUUCUUCCUGUUUGCUGGAUGGCACCGGAAUCUUUGGUGCUCGGAAUAUUUACUUCCCAGAGCGAUGUUUGGUCAUUCGGGGUUGUGAUGUGGGAAAUUACAUCGUUGGGUGAGCAUCCUUACACUGGCAAGGUUAAUCAGGAAGUGAUAGAUUAUGUCCGCGCUGGAGGCAAAUUGCCGAUGCCUCUCAAUUGUCCACCGACUUUGUACGAGUUGAUACUGCAUUGCUGGAGUUCAGCAAAUGAUAGACCAAACUUCAAACUUUGUCUCAAAAAUAUUAUAACUUUAAGAAAUAACAUAGAAAAUACCUUACUGAAUCCAAUAGAUAUUAUCUAGUUGAUAAAAUUAAAUUAAUUAAUGACGUUACUUUCCAAAUUAUCAAAUAAAAUGCUCAAACGUAGAAAAAAUAAUUUAAAAUAACAAAUAUUCUGCUGUUUUCAAGUUUUAUCUUAAUAUUAGAUUAGUAGAUAAAGAUAAGAAAGAUAUUCCUCAAUCUUACUUUGCGAAAAAUUUUGAUAAUUAAAAAUCACAACAUGUAUUCUUACAACUUUAAACAACAUGAUGCUGAUGUUAGCACUUUCGAGUAACCGAAACAAAACUUAAUUGUUCUAAUUACUAUAAUUAUUGGUAGAUUCCUAUAGUAGUUUUGGUCUAUUUUAUAGUAUAUUAGCACUUUGUUUAUUUCUAUAUUUUUUCUUGCUUGAAUGCUUAAACAAAAUAUACAUUUUAAAAAA